UUCACGCACCAGCUGGUGCGGCGCGUUAGUAUACAGUCAGGAGUUCGAUCGUGGCACGAGUCAGUAGCACAUGAGCGCUCGUAGAGCGAGUAUCGUUCCGUUAAGCGAAUAUCUCGCCCGGGCGAUAAUGUCAUCGAGUGAUCGUCGAGCGUAUUAUACGAGAGGAUCUUCGAAUAAACCGUAAAAAAAGAAGAAGAUACGCGUAUAUCCGAACGCCGCCGAUACUUUUUCGAAAACCAGCUGCUAGUGUGGUGAUUAGCGAUCGUUGAUUUAUUCAUUACUUACUUAUAUUUGAAAAAAAAAAAAGAAAUAAAAAAAAAGAACAAAAUAUAUAUAUAAACAGAAAAAAAAAAGAAAAAAAAUUUAUAAUUAAAGAGAAGAGAAUUUUUAAUAAAGUGGGGAAACCAAAAUUCAUAUUUUUUAAGUGAGAGGGCCUUUUUUCGUCGACUUGUGUUAUACGAACGAGCCGAAAAUGGUGCCACAACAGCAGGACAGCCCUUCGAGCUCCGGUAUUCCGAUGUUUGGAUCUUUACUAGUGGAUAAAAAUUCUUCUACACCUUAUUCGGAUGCUACACAGACAAAAAAGAACAAUCCGAAUCACAUAAAACGGCCAAUGAAUGCGUUCAUGGUCUGGUCACAGAUUGAACGUAGGAAGAUUUGCGAGGUACAACCGGAUAUGCACAAUGCGGAAAUUAGUAAAAGACUUGGUAGACGUUGGAAAACAUUGGACGAGGGGGAGAGGAGACCUUUCAUCGAGGAGGCUGAAAGAUUAAGGCAAUUACACAUGAUGGAAUAUCCAGAUUACAAAUAUCGGCCACGAAAAAAGACGAGUAAACCAGCGCCGUCACCAAAAACAAAAGAAUCGUCGUCGUCGUCGUCGCCGUCUGGUAAAAAAUCAAGGAAAUCAUCGAGCACCAUAUCCUCCUCGUCUUUGUCAUCGUCAUCAACGUCGAACAACAAUUCCUCGUCGUCUUAUUCGCCAGUUUCCCAUUCAAAAUCGCGACACGAUUCUGAGAACAAUGGUCAACAACAAUCGUCGCCACCUUUGAAGAGGUUGCAGUCACAUGCAACCACGAAGCCUGUAUCAAGGUUGAAGGUCAAACUUGCAUUGGAUAAAAGGCCACCACUCGAUUAUACUCCAACUCCACCAAUUGUCACAGCUAAAGUACCCAGCAGUCCGUCCUGCGAUACCCCAGAUUCACCUGAGUCUGCUAGUUUUUACGAUGACAAUUAUCACGACAACAGUGGUUCAGCAGCGGCUAGUGGUAGUGGUGUAGCAGCAGGAAUCGUCAGUGUUCGUGGUCGUGCUGGUAGUAGUGGUUUGUCAGUACCACCACCCCUACCACCAACCAGUUCGAUUUUACCAAAUAAAAUCAAACAGGAGACAUCAUCUAUGAUGGAUAUGGAUUACAAAACUACAGGAACGACGACGAAUAAUACGACGAAAAAUACAACAACGGUUGUUACCAGUUACGGCAAGGACAGAUUUCUCACAUCCGUCAAAGGGGUCGAAUCAUUUUCUAACAAUAAUUCGUCCACAAUUUCCACAUCUUCCACCUCUUUAACGAACUGUGAUGUAGACAGUCUCGGCAGGAGCAACAACAACCAAUGCAGAGCAUCGUCACCAUCGUGCCACCUUGAUCACCACCAUACCUUUCCCAUUAAAGAAGAACCAUUCGAUUCUACUUUGGCAACGGGAACCACGACGACGACGAUUUGUGGUGGUACGAGUAUUACCUGCAGCAACAGCAGCCCAUCUUCCGCGAGUCCAACUUCUAAUUUGGUAACGAAUAUCAAAUUAGAGGAACACGCCAAUGAUCCAAGUUUAGCCGAUCUAUAUUCCCUUACCGAUUUAUUACAAAUACAACAGUCAGAUUUCAAGAUCGAUAUCGACAUGGAAACCAUUGCCACCGAUCUCGACACGUUCGAAACUGCCAGCUCGAGCAGCGGAUCCCAUUUUGAAUUCUCCUGCACGCCAGAUGUCACCGAUAUGUUAUCGAACAUCGGCAACAGUACCGAAUGGACGGAAAAUUGCUUUUGAGUGAGUUCCUCCGACUACCUCACGAUCGCAUCGCGUCGUCGAUCAAUUAGUUUCUUAUUUUUCUUCUAUAUUCCUUCCUUAUCUCUCAAGUUCAUUUAUUUUUCCUAAAUCUUUGCGUCAACCAACCGAUCAAUCAACCAACCAACCAACCAACUACCAACCGAGAAAACGACUCGAUGAUCUCGAUUUCUUCAAACUACGAGUCUCCCCUCGGACACCUUUUUCUUCUAUCUCCCCCCAAUACCACCACCCCACACAUCACCCUUCCUUUAUUAUUUUCCCAUCAUCAAUAGAACCACCACUAUAAAACUACGUUCCUUAUCCUUUGAACCUUGUCAUCGUUACGGUUUAAAGGGACACACGAAGACGGUUAAAGCUACAGCUAAACCAGCAACACAACAACCGCCAAGUUUUUACCAAACCAUUUGAUGAUCAACUGGUUCUCAUGCUUUCUCGGGGCCUUUGCUCGAAAAGAAGGAGAAAGAAGGGAAAAGCAAGGAGAAGUACAUCAGGAGCCAGGAGGAGGAGGAAGAGGAGGUGGAGGAGGAGGAUAUACACGCCUUAAAUCCGACCGGAAACGACCGUCGAGUGUGUUGUGUGUAUGUGUGUAUAGGGUGUCUAGAAAGAACAGGGCACCAGCUGUGUGUUAUAUACCACACCUCUCGUUUGGUCUCUUUCUCUCCUUCCGGGGUACCCCUUCGAUUUAUCCUAAUUUUCUCUCAAACCCCAGGUCGUCCUCCUUCCCUCUUCCACCCCACCCCUCCCUCCCUCCUCUCUUGUUGUACUCUUUAUUCGUGGAAUUCUUCGUGUACCCUCGUCAUGUUCGACCGACUUUAAACCCACGGUCAGCUGAUCGCCAGCUGGUGCCUGGUGAAUACUCGAAUUCCUUCUUUUCAAGUCCAUCGAUGGAAAAACUUGAUCGUGAGAUUGAAAAAGAGGGAGAGAGAGAGAAAGAGAGAGAGAGAGAGAGAUAAAAAGAGUGAGUGUGUAAAGAUGAAAAAUAAGAUUUUAUCUUUAUAUUAUUCUUCCUCUCUUCUUUCUUUCUUUCUUUUUUUUUUCUUACUCUCUCGUAAAUUAGAUUUAACAUCCGGUAACGUAGGUGGUGUGGUGGUGGUGGUGGUGGUAGUGAUGGUGUUGUUGAUAUUUUUUCCCCUUUAACUUCUCUUU